AUGGACUACGUCGAGCAGCGCAUGGCCCAGGAGGCCCAGAGAGCCGCCCAAUCUACCCACGGCAACGCCCUCUUGACACCUCUGAACGCCAUCCUGCUUCUUCUGGUCGGCUAUGCUCUCUGGGCCACCCUCAAGCCCUCCCCGCCGCCGCUGCUCCCCAAGGAACCGCCCGCCACCGUCUUCCGCACCUUUACCCCACGUACCCUCCUGCCCUUCGACGGCAAGGACGGCCGCCCCAUCUACUUCGCCGUGCGCGGCCGAGUCUUCGAUGUCUCCACUGGCCGCAACUUCUACGGUCCUGACGGGCCCUACCAGAAUUUUGCCGGUCGUGACGCCUCACGCGGCCUGGCUUCUGGCUCUUUCGAUGAGGACGUCUUGACCAAAGAUCUCGACGGGCCGCUGGACUCAUUAGAGAGCAUGGGCCCGGAUGAAAUGGAGGCCCUCCGGGACUGGGAGGAACAGUUCCUGAGCAAGUACCUGGUUGUCGGCAGGCUGGUUCCUGUUGGCCAGGAGGACAAACCGUUACCCGAUCGUGUCAGUGGCUCGUGA